CUAUGUGAAGAUUGAGGCUACGUGCUGCAACUCUGUUCAGAGGGUUACCUGGGAAACCCCGCGGAAGGAAACAACUUCAAUUCCAUUGUCCUUUAAAGAAGCACAAGAAACAGGCUCCUCAGACGAAGAGAGUCUCCGGGUAUUAGGGAAAGGCGGACGUCAAUCUCAACCCGGAAGGCACUUCGCUCCUGGAGUCAACAGUGCUUAAGCAUUCUCCAAUGGCAGAACAAUUUAUUCACCAGCAGGAAGAUCCCUAUGGAAGAGCUUCAUUGAAUCGGCCUAUGGAAGACUAUCGAUUGUCACAGCAGAGCAACAUUCACACACCCCAGGGUCCGCCUGGGAUUCUUCAAAUGUCCCCAUUUCCUCAUGAAGAGAGAAAUGCGGAGCUGCUGCUUUCACUGCAUCAAAACCAAGAUAUUAAUUUAAACAGGAGGAAUGAAUUGAAACCUUAUCCCGGUCAGCACCAUUCUGACUCAAGAGGGAACUUGCAAGGGCGCAAUCCACCAGGCAUGAGCAUGGGACAAGCGGAUCAAGAGCCAAACCAGGGACAUCAAGUCUUUUCAACUCCAAUGGAAGAGAAAAUGGCUAGCUCCCACAUUCAACAACAAAUUGCAGGCUCACCCAGUCCAGCAUAUGCACAAAAUAUGCAUCCUAGAGUUCCCAAUCUUCAAAUGAAACCGACAUAUGCCAGUGAUUUAGGGACCUCUCUCCAAGGCCAGUACAAUGAAUACGUCACAUUUCAUCGGGAAGCACCAGCCCCCCUAUUAGGUAGCUCUAUUUCAAAUAAAGGACAAUAUGAGCCAACUUACAAUGUCCAACAGCAAAGAGGCCAGCAAUUUGAGAGGUCAAUUCAAUCCAUAUCACAGCCAUGGUCUGGAAACUUCCCACAAAAUUUCCAGAGCGAAACAGGAAUAACAGAUGACAAUACACCACAUCACAUGCCUUACAUGAGCAGUACUCCUCUCAAUAAUAAGCCGGGCACUAUUAAUAAUUUCCAGCCGCAUCAAGCAGCUCCUCUUCAGCACAUUCCACAUAACAUUUCACGAGGUCAUUUUGGGAGCCAGGCCACGAACAACUGGGAUCAAAUUCAUCAACAACACCAAAUGCCAAUCCCACAUGAAGAGACGCAGCAAAAAAAUUUGCCGCAUCAACUACCAUUUGAGCUGCAGCAACCACAAUUAUCCCGAAACCCUCGGCAAUUCCAAAUGCCUAACCACAAACUACAACCAUUACCUCAGCAAAACCCAUUUCCCCACCAAUUGCCAGUCCAGCAUCAAGAAUCGCCACUUUCCCACAACGUUUCGCAAUUCCAAAUGCGAACCCAAUAUCCGCAGAUGCCACAACCAGAGUACUGUUUUCCACAGCAAUUUCUUCCCCAGCGACAAGAGCAAUCAACAUUGCCACCAACUCCUUCCCAAUACCAGAUACCACCAUCCCAACAGCGUCAGCAAUGGCAGUCCCAAAUGUACUCUCCACACCUCUUGCCUGACCAGCAACUACAUCAAGCACCCCCCAGGACUUAUAAUAUGCCCCAACUUGAAACGUGGGCUUCAACUCAGAAUCAAAAUCAGUCAAUGCAAAAUUAUAAUCCUUCAACAACCAGGUACAUCUCAAAUCCAGGACCUGUAAUAACGAAUCCUCAAGAUCCGCCAAUACAUCCAUUCAAUCAGCUAGGUUAUCGAGACCAAGGCUCCUAUUAUAGCUACAGAAUUCCAGAACAAUGGUCUCAGGUUCAAUCAAGUGGAAGGAACUUGUUCCCCCCUUUCGGAUUUCAGGGAUUCGAUUAUGGUGCAGCUCCAUUCGCAGCAUCCUCAUCAGAUAUCCCUCCGAAUCAAUCAUAUUCGCCAAUGCUAGAAGCCGUCUUAAAGCAAUUCAUGCAGGCAAUGCCGAAAUCUGGGACGGGCGCGGAAGCAGACAUAAAACAAAAUGAUGAAAUGGAAAUCAGGAAUGCAGUAGUGCUUCCUAAAGAGGAAGAACUGACUCCUGCUCAGAAAAUGAGGAAGAAAUGUAAGCUCAUCGAGGGGAAUGUUUACAUGCUACCAAUGAAACGGAUCAUGCAAGAUGAAGAAAAUCACUUGGCCAAAUAUGAAGUCGGCAGGAGAAGACCAGAAAAUGGACCAGGGAAAGUACUCAUGGUUGUCGGAGCUACAGGUGCAGGGAAGAGCACUCUCAUCAAUGGGAUAGCGAAUUACGCGUAUGGAGUGAAGUUUGAAGAUGAUUUUCGUUUCAAAUUGAUCGUGGACGAGGAGAAGAAGAAAUCACAAGCCCACAGUCAGACCAAGUGGAUCACUGCAUACGUCCUACAAAAGCAACGUGGAUUCAUUCUGCCCAAUUCGUUGACCGUCAUUGACACUCCCGGGUUUGGAGAUACAGAAGGCAUAAAAGCGGAUGAAGAAUUAAGAAAUCAGAUAAGGGAGUUCUUUUCAAAGGGUGGCGCCAUUGGAGUGGAUCAACUUGAUGCCAUCUGCUUCGUUGUCCAAGCUUCCAGUGCCAGACUUACACAUACUCAAAAAUACAUAUUUGACUCAAUCUUGUCUGUGUUUGGAAGAGAUGUUCAAGACAACAUCUACGUUUUGGCCACAUUUGCAGACAACAAGAAGCCCCCAGUCUUGGAAGCUAUUGCAGCAGCUGAUAUUCCAUUCAAGACCCAUUUCAAGUUCAAUAACUCAGCGCUCUUCUCAGGAGAUCAUUCUCAAGAGUCUGAAGAAUUUGAUAAAACGUAUUGGGAAAUGGGUGUCUCCAGCUUCAAAAAAUUUUUCAGAAAAUUUCAAGACACCAAGCCAGUAAGUUUGACAUUAACAAAAGAAGUCCUGAAAGAGAGGCAGCGCUUGGAAACGGCUCUCCAGGGCAUUCAACCGCAAAUUACAGCAGGCUUGGGGAGACUAGAACAACUGAGGCAAGAACAUGCUGCAUUGAGACAGCAUGAGGCUGAGUUGCAAGCAAACAAGGAGUUCACCUAUACGGUAAAAGUUCAGAAGCAGACAAGAGUAGAUUUGGAGAUUGGUGUGUAUGUGACAAACUGCUUAAGAUGCAACUUCUCUUGCCAUUUUCCUUGCACGAUUCCACAAGAUGAUAUGAAGGAUAAUUGUGAUGCUAUGGGAGUCAAUACCGAGACAGGAUUGGUGACACAUUGUCUCGUUUGUCCUGGGAACUGUCCCCCUAAUCAGCACGUCAACAACCAGUACAGGUUUGAAUUGUUCGAGGAGGAGGAGACGAAAACCUCUGAUGAGUUGAAGGCGAAGUACGAAGAAGCAGCUGGAAAAAAGUUGACCACUGAAGGAAUUGUGAAAGAACUUAUCAAGGGAUUCAACCAGGAAAGAGCAAAUAUCCUGAAUUUAACCAAGAGGGCACACGAAUGCUUGCAAAGACUCGAUGACAUAGCCCUAAAACCUGAUCCCUUGGCUGUUACUGAUUACAUUGAUCUUUUAAUUCAGACCGAGCAAAGAGAAGCCAAACCAGGCCAUUUGCAGCGGAUCAAAUACCUUCAAGACACUAGGGCCAAAGCUAAAUUGGCCGAGACGUUGAAGAAAGAUUUUGAUCCAUUUGAGGAAUAUAUGAAAGAGUUCGAAGAAGAAGGAUUUAAUAUUUGCCUCUUCGAUCCCGAUCCAAUCGCAGACGAAUUAGGAUACUCUAUUGGCCCCAUCGUUGAAGAAGCUGACAAGGAAGAAGAGAAACCUGGGGUGUUCAAGAAAUGCAUAAAUUUAUUGGAGACAAAAUUGGGUUUUGGAGACAAGUCCAAAGAUGAAAAGAAGAAGAAGAAAACGGGAAAGGGAAUCAAACCCCAAGACGAGACUUGGAGAUAAAUUUGCUGUAUUCCAGUGCAUGACAAUACACAGUGCCUCCUAGAUUAUUCGUUGGAACCUCUGAUGUAUUUUUCUCUCUACCCUGAAGAAUCCCCGCCAUAUAAUGCAUACACGCCUUAUUGAUGAAUACAAUUUCAAUGUUUCUAUAUUUUUUGUGCAAAUGCAUAAUAUUGAGGUCCUCGCCAUUUUUGACAACACA